AUGAACGUGUGGCAAAUAUGGCAGAAUUUAUAUAUUCCUAAGCGGCUUAUAGUACUUGGCCUUUGUUCUCUUGCUAUUUUAAUUAGUUAUGCAGAUCGGUCGAAUAUAGCUGUUGCUAUAGUUUAUAUGUCCAAAGAAUUUGGCUGGUCUUCCACGACUCAAGGUCUAAUAUUAUCUUCGUUUUUUGUUGGUUACCUGACGACACAAAUUUUGGGAGGUGUACUUGCGGAUAGAUUUGGCGGCAAACGGGUGCUUGGAGCUGCCGCUGCUGGUUGGACAAUCUUUACUUUGGUCACACCUAUUGCCGCAAAGUUGGGUUUUAACUACCUUGUGUUAUGCCGAAUUUUACUUGGCGUUAGCGAAGGUUUUUGUUUUCCAACCGUUCAUUCUUUAGUCGCGUCUUGGGCUCCACUGGAAGAACGUUCUCAAGCCGUUGCAAUCAUAACAACUUCAAAUGUUAUUGGUACCGUAGUUUCUUUACCUGUAGCCACAUGGUUAGGAUCUAGUCCUUGGGGAUGGGAGAGUAUUUUUUGGGUGUUUGGAUCUGUUGGGAUUGUUUGGUCAUUGUUAUGGCAAAUUUAUGGUGGAAGCAGCCCGAGUACUUAUAAAGGAAUUUCAAGUGAAGAAUUGGAUUUGAUUUUGAAAACUAAUCAUAAAAGAUCUAGUUUAGAUUAUAGUAUACUAGAAUCUAAUAGUGAAGAAGAAAUAAUGGAUAGUGAAGAUGUUGAUGUUGAAAAUAAUGAAAUUAUCGAAGAUGAUGUUAAUUUAAUUUCAAAUGAAGGUGAUGAACCUCUUUCAUCUAUAAAAACUUCAAAUCCUUCACAAAUCCCAUGGAGAUUAAUUUUAUCUAGACGGGAAGUAUGGGCUAUACUUGUUGCAUAUUUUUGUAACUCUUGGGGGUUCUUCAUAUUUUUUACAUGGCUUCCUACUUAUUACUUGGAUCGGUUUCGAGUUGAUAUAAAACAUUUGGGGUAUUUCGCAGUUCUUCCUUAUGUUAUCCAAGGAAUAACUGGAUUUUUUGUUGGAACACUUGCCGAUUAUCUUAUACAUAAAGUUCAAGUUCGUGUUAUCAUCGUGAGACGAAUGGCUCAAAUGAUUGGUGGUUGCGGAAUUGCCAUAUUCCUUUUAUUAGCGGUAUAUGUAGCGCAGACUCCAUUAGAAGGAAUUAUUUUUUUGGCAAUAGGAUUCGGGUUGUAUUCCUUUACAUGUGCAGGCAUUUCAGUUUCUCAGUUGGAUAUCGCACCGCGGUACAGUGGCGUAAUUUACGGUCUUGGAAAUUCGCUCGGAGUGAUUCCAGGCAUCAUAGGUGUAGCAAUAACCGGAUGGAUUCUAGAUGCUACGGAAAGAAACUGGAACAUUAUAUGGAAUUCUACCGCAGCUUUAUACUUCACCGGUACAUUGGUAUUUGUAUCAUGGGUUGGGGGAAAAGUCGUUAUUGAGUGA